CGCUGGAUGGCGCUGGUGGUGGACCGAGGAAGGAGGGGAUAGAUGCGCCCACGACUCGCCCUCUCUUCCGUCUGAUCACACGGUAGGACACGCGAUCGGACGAGGACUGGCGGCGACAGCAGCCGGGCUGAGUAGGAACUGCUCAGCGUGUUCUGCACGGGCUCAAACGGACCGGACCGGUCUCAGAUCUGGACUCCAGGGGACAUAGUAGAUAAAGUGAAAGAGGAGAAGAAACCACAGGGAUCCCCACAUGGGAGCAGCACUGCUGUCAGAGCCGCUUUUAUCGGAGACAAUCUGCCAAAUCGUUCUUUGGAAACGCUCUCAUGGCUUCAAACACAGACUCAUAAACCCAUGGAGCUAAAAACAGAAAACCAACGCAAUCACUGGCAAAUAUAAGUGGACCACUUUAAAAAAGAAAAACACGGCAGGACAGUGGGAGGGUUGUAUGGGGGCCAGAUCCCUAUCCAAGACAUCUUGCAUCUCUUCAGUCCACAGACUUCCUUCCACCCCUCCUUCCGUUUCCUCCUGCUCUGCCUUUCUCCCAUUCUCCAUCUUUCUCUCUCAUGGGAGUGACAUAGAGGCUGUCGCUUGGUCUUCUGCCCAGACCCUUUUCUGCAUCCCUGUGGGAACGGGGACGUCCAGGUAGUGAUGUCGUGGAAGAGGAACUACUUUGCCUCUGGUGGCGGAGCGGCUGGCGGGAUGCAGGGGCUGGUGACCCCGAGAACCAUGACCUCCAUCGCGCCGAGCAAAGGCCUGAGCAACGAGCCGGGACAAAACAGCUGCUUCCUCAACAGCGCUCUGCAGGUCUUGUGGCAUCUUGACAUCUUUAGGAGAAGCUUUCGGCAGCUGACCACUCAUAAAUGCAUGGAGGACUCAUGCAUCUUCUGCGCUCUAAAGAGUAUCUUUGCUCAGUUCCAGUUCAGCAGCGAGCGCGUUCUGCCGUCAGACGCACUGCGGAGCGCGCUGGCCAAGACUUUCCAAGACGAGCAGAGGUUUCAGCUGGGCAUUAUGGACGACGCUGCUGAGUGCUUUGAGAAUCUGCUGAUGCGUAUCCACUUCCACAUCAGUGCGGAGAGCAGAGAGGACAUCUGCACAGCCAAACAUUGCAUACCACACCAGAAGUUUGCCAUGACUUUGUUUGAACAGUGUGUGUGCAGCAGCUGUGGAGCCUCUUCGGACCCCCUGCCCUUCAUUCAGAUGGUUCAUUACAUCUCCACCACGUCCCUCUGUAACCAGGCGGUGAGGAUGCUGGAGUGCAGAGAGAAACCAACACCGGACAUGUUUGGAGAGCUGCUCCGCAACGCUAGCAACAUGGGAGACCUCCGCAACUGCCCUAGUAACUGUGGGGAGGUGCUCCGUAUCCGCCGGGUUCUGAUGAACUCACCAGAAAUCGUGUCCAUCGGGCUGGUGUGGGACUCGGACCACUCUGACCUAGCAGAGGACGUCAUCCACAGCCUGGGAACCUGCCUGCGUCUGGGAGAUUUGUUCUACCGUGUGACAGAGGAAAGGGCUCGCCAGGCGGAGCUCUACUUGGUGGGCAUGGUGUGCUACUACGGCAAGCACUACUCCACCUUCUUCUUCCAGACCAAGAUACGCAAGUGGAUGUACUUUGACGACGCCCACGUCAAAGAGAUCGGCCCAAAGUGGAAGGACGUAGUGUCUCGCUGUAUUAAAGGCCACUACCAGCCCCUGCUGUUGCUCUACGCUGACCCCCGUGGGACGCCGGUGAUACUGCAGGAGAGCCCCAACCCUUGUACUGGCUCCAACCCGCAGCUGGAGCUCCAGCACUGCAGCAGCAAGGCUGGUUACGACAGUGAGGACUCAGGUCGGGAGCCAUCGAUAUCCAGCGACACACGCACCGACUCGUCAACAGACAGCUCGAGCCACCGCACAUCCCGCAGCCGACCCCUGCACCAGUCCACGGGCAGCCGGCUCUCCAGCGAAUCCCAGACCACAGUGGUCUGUAAUUACGACUCGCCGCCGCUCGGUGCUGACGCUGGAGAGUCAGCAGUGGAGGCUCCAACCUGCAACCCCUCUCCUCCCCUGCAGGAGACGGCAGUCUUCCUCCUGUCUUCACGCAGGCCCCUCACCUCCUCCUCCUCAUCCUCUCGCCCCCUUUCCUCCUCAUCUUCUUCGGGAGUCGGGGGCUGCGAGGGCGGGGCUGGGGGGCCCCACUGGGAGGAUGAAAGCACGAGCAGUGAGAGCAAAUCCAGUUCCUCUGGAAGCCGCUACCGGCCAACCUGGAGGCCCAGGAGAGAGGCACUGAACAUCGACAGCAUCUUCACCCGACAAAGAGACUCCCAGCUGGGCUACAGUGCUGCACCUGGCCCGUCUCUCCCUGCUGAGCCCCAGCAGCUUCUCCCCUUUGUGGGAGCUGCCACACAACCUGGACUGGAAGACGUGGAACGGAGGGAGACCAGGGAAGUCGGGUUUGGGCUGGUUGGGCAGCCCAGGUCUUCAAGCAGUGGACGGACUAUGGGUCCUCCUGCUCCUCCACCUCUGAGAGGAGUGGAGCACCAGCCACGUCUGAUCCAGAGAAUGGAGAGUGGCUACGAAAGCAGCGAGAGGAACAGCAGCAGCCCUGACAGGGAGGUGGGGCAACAAAAACGGGUGCUGAUGUCUGGACCUUCUUGGCGAUCGGUGCCCAAGUCAAAAAGCAGCGGUGCUAUUAUGCAGGAGCUGCCACAUCCCUGCUGGGUCAGCAGUUCUGACACAGGCUCUGGGCGCAGUGAGCUGGAUGAGCUGCAGGAGGAGGUGGCGAGGAGAGCCCGCCAGCAGGAGCAGCAGAAGCGGAAGGAGGCGGAGCGGGAGGCGGCCAAGGGGUUCAACCCCAGACCCAGCAAGUUCAUGGACCUGGACCAGCUCCAACACCAGGUGAACAGUCUGGCUCGAUCCAAGUACUGCUGACACCCAAUCAGGAGGAGGAAGAGGAUGAGUCGACGAGCAGCAGGGCCGGUCCUCAGGGCCAGAACCCGCCCCCGCCUCCUCCGCCUUACCGCCCCGCUCUCCCUCGACCCACGCUCACCCUCAGCAUCAGUCAC